CCCCCCCCCCCCCCCCCCCUGACUCCCUCUCAGUUGACAAGAGCCGGAGAUGGCAUCUGGCGCGGCGGGGAAGGGAAAGGCCCUGGCGGACGGGGCGGAGUCAGCGGCGGAGAGCGCGGCGCGGCGGGCGCGGGAGUGGAGCACGUGGGCGAUGAAGAAGGCCAAGGUGGCGGCCCACUACGGCUUCAUUCCCCUCGUCAUCCUCAUCGGCAUGAACUCCGAGCCCAAGCCGCGCCUCGCCCAGCUCCUUUCCCCCAUCUAAGGGCAGGCUGGCUCGAUUGAUUCCCCGUCGGUUGCUCCUCGCUCCGGUCCGCGCCGCGAGCGCAUUGGAUUCCUAACGCAUUUCUUGCUACAGUUUGGGAUUUGGGAUAAAGGGGCUUUGAACCAAACAUCAGAAAUUACUUGGACAAUCUCCCAAGUUCAGUUCGUCCAUAGUUGUGCUGUGGGUAUUACAUUGUAGUUAUAGGUUAUGUACAAUGUACUUCAGUACUUAUGUUUUUGCUUCCGGCCCAUUGGGAGCUUUAAAGACUGCAUUGAUCUAAGGCAUUUUACUCCACACUUAUACCUCAGGCAUAGUAUUUGGGAACUGGGAAGAUCAAAAUUUCAUUUUCCCCCUGUAUUUCCGCAGCUUGUGCAUACUGCAUGUACUGUAGCUAUCAGUGCAGUAAUAUUUGUCA